AUGAUGGAGAGGAGAAAGAUUCAUAUCCUUAGAUUGAGUGAGACCAAGUGCAAGGGAAAAAACUCUAAAUUGCUGAGAGGUGGGUACAAAAUAUACAGGCAGGGUCACAAUAAAGAGGCAAAAAAUGGAGUGGUGUUUGUGUGUUUAAAAGUCAUUGACCUAGUUACAGAUGUGAGCUUUGUAAGUGAAAGGAUAAUUAGAACAAGUGUGAAUUCGGGAAAGAAUAGUUUUACUACACCCCAAGUGUACACGCAUCAGCAAGGGUGCAGUGAGGAAGAAAAAACGAAAUUCCUUGAAAUACUGGAAGACCAAAACACGGAUAGAAAUGGAUAUGAUGAGGUAAUGGGCCCUUCUGGAUACGGAAGACGAAAUGUUGAGGGUGAAGAAAUGCUAAAUCUGUGCAUAAGGAAUCAUCUUUUAGUGAAGAAUACAUUCUUCAAGAAACAAGAAGCCAUAAGAUUACUACAUAUGGCUGGAAUGGCAAAUCUAAGACAAUUAUAUACUAUAUAUUAA